AUGUCUCUAAAAAAUAACGCCUACAAAUGGAUGGCGAGAUACUUCUUCGACUCGGGCGCAAAUGCCUUGCAAUGCCAUAAGAAUUUGGCCAAAGUGUAUCCGGAUUGCCCAUCUCCCGAGACUAUCCGCCGCUGGUACGCCGAAUUCAAAACCGUCCCCUUCAUGGAGUCGGUGAGGAAGUCGACCAAAAGCGGACGCCCCAGCAAAAUCGACGACGACCUUUUGAAGGCCGAAAUCGAAGCCAAUCCGAAGCUAACGUCCCGGGAUUUGGCCAAAAAGUUUCAAGUGCAUCACUCCACGGUGGCUGAGCAUCUGCUCAAGGUAAGGGCAAGGGGACAGCCGGCUUUAUCGAAUUCCUGGGACCAAGCUUUGGUGAGUUUUUGGUAAAUUUGGGGCGAAAAACAUCUCUCUGUGGUGUCUUAGGAAACUUCCCCUUAUCAGUCUGUCGGGAAAAUAAAGAGCAGAGUAUCGCCGGCGAGAAAUUGAAUUGUGUCGAGCAAGGUCGAAGUGCUUUUUUCUCUUCCGCGACGCGAUCGAUGCCCAUUAUUUUCCCGAAAGACUGGUCUUUCUUUUCUCAAAGCACGAGGAUUUUAAUCGAACAGAUUUUUUUUCACUCGUCUUGGAAACUGGCGCGAUUUUUGCGACAUGCACUGUGCGAAAACAAAAUUUCACUUUGCACUGUGCAGUUUCUUGUUUUUUACACCGUGCAAAAGGCUUUUUAGGCUGUCGCACUUUGACUUUUCCUGCACAGUGCACGUCGCUGAAAUCUGAGAAAUCACUUCAGCGACUUGCACUGUGCAGAAAAAGUCGGAAGCGACAGCCCAAAAAAGCCUUUUGCACGGUGCAAAAAGCAAGAAAUUGCACAGUGCAGGGUGAACUUUUGUUUUCGCACAGUGCAUGUCGCAAAAAUCACUCCAGCGACUUUGCGAAAGGGCCAGAGAAAUAAUUGUAAACCCAUUGGGGAUAUAAAUAUUUUACGAUCCAUUUGAUCAAUUCGAAUUCUUACAGAUUCACUUAUUAUCGGCAAUGAACAGCACAGAGUCCGGUCUCAUUGAAGAUAAGGUAGAACCAAGCUCCUGUGACAUUUCGGCUUCCAAGUCGUGA